AUGAACAGUUCCCGAGUGAGAGAAUUUAUACUUUUGGGUUUUACUGACAACCAUGAGCUUGAAAUCUUCCUCUUUUCCCUCUUCUUUGGCACAUAUCUUUUGACCGUCAUGGGGAACACAGUGAUCAUCACAAUCACACUAAGGGAUCGCCGUCUCCACACCCCAAUGUAUUUCUUCCUCCGGCAUUUUGCGGUCUUAGAGAUUGGAUUCACCAGUUCCAUCACUCCCAAGGCAUUGGCCAACAUGGUCACGGGCCACAGGACCAUCUCUUUAUCCGGUUGCUUCCUGCAGUUCUUUGUCUAUUUUGUCUUGGGAGCCACAGAGUUUUUUCUGCUGGCAGUGAUGUCCUUCGACAGGUACGUGGCCAUCUGCAACCCUCUUCGUUACACCACCAUCAUGAAUGGUCGAAUCUGCUCGUUGCUGGUGUCCUGCUCUUGGGUGGCAGGAUUUCUGCUCAUUCUGGGCCCAGCCAUUACAUUAUUUUACAUGCCAUUCUGUGGCCCAAACAUCGUGAACCACUUCUUCUGUGACAAAGGACCCUUGAUGAAACUUGUAUGCAUCGACACAACUCUGCUCGAUCUCGCAUAUUUCAUCACUGCCGUAUUCAUCCUUACGGGGACAUUGACGGUCAACGUUCUAUCUUACGUCAAUAUUGUUUCCAGUAUCCUGCGCAUACCAUCGGGUACAGGGAGACAGAAAGCCUUCUCCACUUGUGCUUCACACAUUGUUGUGGUCUCCCUCACUUACGGCAGCUGCAUUUUCAUGUACGUCAAACCCAAAGGCGCCAGUGAGUUCAGCUUUAGCAAGUCAGUGGCUGUUCUUAACACUAUUGUGUCCCCUCUUUUGAAUCCAUUCAUAUACUGCCUGAGGAACAAACAAGUUCAGGAUGCCCUGAAAGCUGCAUUCAGAUAA